UUUAAAUUUUAGCAGUGACAAUGUAUUAUGUACCUAUUCAUUUAACUAUUGCUCGUUGAAGCAAUAUACAUCGGUAACGAGUUGAUACGAAUUAUAUAAUUAAUUUAAUGACAAUAGUGUUAACAUAUUGAAAAAUAAUAUGGAUGACGUCAAAAAAAGUAAUAUAUCUUUUGACAUAGUUCCAAUUACAGAUAAUGAUAAACAAAUUGUGCAGAAUUCUUUAAAAAAAUAUUAUUUGCGUGAUGAACCUUUAAGUGCAAGUGUAGGGUUUUUAGAAGAAGAAGAAUCAAUAAUACGAUUUGAAAAAGCUUGCGCUGGUAUCAUAAAACACGGAGUAUCGUUUAUGGCAAUAUCUGCAGAGACAGGUGAAAUGAUGGGAGCCUCGUUGAAUAUGACAGUUUGCAGAAGUGAUGGAAUAAAACAAUACGGUGACGAGAACAAAAGUUCGAAGCUAAACGAUAUCUUGAUUCUCUUGGACAAAGCUGAACGAGAAACUGAUGUAUUUGGGAAGUAUCCAAAUGUAGAUCGUAUGAUGGACUUAAAGAUUAUUACAGUUAAUGAAGAAUAUAGAGGACUUGGAAUUUGCAAAGCGCUCAUCAACAAGUCUAAAGAGUUGGCAUUGGAGUUAGGGUAUCAAAUGAUGUACGUUCAGUGCGCCAGUCAUUUUACUGCAAAAGCUGUUGAAAGUUGUGGAUUUCAAUGCAUAUAUUCGUUGUGUUAUUCGGAUUACGUGAACAAGCAAGGCGAAGUGGUGUUCAAGACACAGCCCCCUCAUACAUUUCUCAAAAUCCAUGUGUUACUCCUCUAAAAUAUUUAAUAUUUACUAACUUAACCUAAUUAAAUUGGUAACAUGUGGAAUCCAUAAUGUAUAAAGUUACAAUUAUUAUUGUACCACCAAAAGUAAAAUUUUAAACUACCUAUAUAAAUUAUUAAUAUACCUUGGCAGUACUUUGCUAUUUGUCU